GGUUACCUUAGAAGUCUGUGAUUUCAAAAAUAUUAGACCGUUGAAGCGCCUCUCCCAUAAGCUUUUUAAGCAGGCGCUAUCUGUGUUCUUCUGAAAAUCCUUCAUCUCCGAAUUCAGAGCGAGAGAGAGAGAGAGAGAGGAAGAGGAAGAACAAGAAGAAGAGGGAUCCGGAGAAAAGGAGAUUCCAAUUUGCAAGGCUUAUCAGAAAGAAGAAUGGCUUCAAGAAACGAUGUUCAGCCACUGAACAGAGGAGAGGCAUUCCCCGGAGGACAGAAGCCAAAGAACAUGGCGGCGGCACCAGACGGGAGGAACCGCCGGGCGCUUGAGGACAUCGGAAAUAAGGUGACCAUCCGAGGGGUUGACGGCGGCGGUCACAACAAGGUCAAGCUUCCUCAGGUUUCUCGCCCUCUCACAAGGGGCUUCUGUGCCCAACUUCUCGCCAACGCACAAGCUGUUGCCGCAGACAACAAGAACAGGAAACCUCUGGCUGUGGUCAAUCUGGAACCAGGAGCACUUCCUGCUAAAGUGCCAAGAAAACCUGCUGCUGUUCAUAAGAAAGCCGCUGUUCCCAAGCCUGAGGAUUUGAUUGUAAUCAGCCCUGACACUGAAGACGUUCACAAUGCCAAGAAAGACUCCAGAAAGGCAUCUGAAGCUUCAUCCAAGAAGACUUCUUAUACUUCAACUCUCACUGCUAGAAGCAAGGCUGCUUGUGGACUGAACAAACCAAAGGUUCGGAUUGAAGAUAUCGAUGCUGGAGAUGAAUACAACGAGCUGGCAGUUGUUGAGUAUGUAGAAGACAUCUACAGGUUCUACAAGGAAGCAGAGAACGAAACCAGGCUUCAUGAUUACAUGGGAUCUCAGCCAGAGAUAAACGAGAAGAUGAGAUCAAUCCUGAUAGACUGGCUAAUUGAAGUCCACCACAAGUUCGAGCUCACAUCAGAGACUCUCUACCUCACAAUCAACAUUGUGGACAGAUACCUGGCAUUGAAGACCACAUCAAGGAGGGACCUGCAACUGGUCGGGCUUGGCUCCAUGCUCAUAGCUUCGAAGUACGAGGAAAUCUGGGCACCCGAAGUGAACGACUUCGUGUGCAUCUCCGACAGAGCUUACACCCACGAAAAAGUCCUGCAGAUGGAGAAGCUGAUUCUCGGGGAGCUGGAAUGGUACCUCACAGUUCCCACCCCAUACGUCUUCCUGGUCAGGUUCAUCAAGGCUUCAUCUUCUUCCGAACCAGAAAUGGAGAACAUGGUCUUCUUUCUUGCAGAGCUGGGGAUGAUGAACUACGCCGCCUCCGUGAUCUACUGCCCCUCCAUGAUCGCCGCCUCUGCAGUGUACGCCGCGAGGUGCACCCUGAACAAGACCCCAGCCUGGAACGAGACGCUGAAGCUCCACACGGGCUUCUCUGAGGCGCAGCUGGUGGAUUGCGCCCGGCUUCUGGUCGGGUACCAUUCGGAGGCCGCGAAUCACAAGCUUCGGGUCAUCUUCAGGAAGUAUUCUCAUGCCCAGAAAGGUUCUGUUGCUGCGCUCCCCCCUGCCAAGUCUCUCUUGGCCACUACUACUACUGCUACUAAUGCUUAGAGCAGAUGGAUAUCAUAAUAGGUUUUGGUGCACAAAAAAAGUGAUAUGUUUUGAUCACUUGGAAUUCUAUCAACUUGUCUGUUGUCUUUCUGAAAACACUUCAGAUUGUCUUGUGUUGCAUUCAUUAAUAUGAUGAUUCUUUUCGUUUCAUUGUUCAGCGUCAUGUUUAUCUCUUUUCUCAAGAUGAUUUCCCCCAUAUUUCGAAUUAUAUAUGGAGUACCUCUUGUAGAAACUAGAAACGAAUUAUGGGUAAAAGGGAAAACGAAUUAUGUGAUUUCCCACAUGCUCAUACCCUAAUAAAAAUGAUCAAAUCUA